AUGUGCCCGCUGCUUAUACCAGCUCAGAGCUGCAUUGCCGAUUCACAGGACGUGUUCCAUGCCGAUACCAGCUCAGAGCUGCAUUGCCGAUUCACAGGACUCGUUCCAUGCCGAUACCAGCUCAGAGCUGCAUUGCCGAUUCACAGGACGUGUUCCAUGCCGAUACCAGCUCAGAGCUGCAUUGCCGAUUCACAGGACGUGUUCCAUGCCGAUACCAGCUCAGAGCUGCAUUGCCGAUUCACAGGACGUGUUCCAUGCCGAUACCAGCUCAGAGCUGCAUUGCCGAUUCACAGGACGUGGUCCAUGCCGAUACCAGCUCAGAGCUGCAUAGCCGAUUCACAGGACAUGGUCCAUGCCGAUACCAGCUCAGAGCUGCAUUACCGAUUCACAGGACGUGUUCCAAUGCCGAUACCAGCUCAGAGCUGCAUUGCCGAUUCACAGGACGUGUUCCAUGCCGAUACCAGCUCAGAGCUGCAUUGCCGAUUCACAGGACGUGUUCCAUGCCGAUACCAGCUCAGAGCUGCAUUGCCGAUUCACAGGACGUGUUCCAUGCCGAUACCAGCUCAGAGCUGCAUUGCCGAUUCACAGGACGUGUUCCAUGCCGAUACCAGCUCAGAGCUGCAUUGCUGA